UGAACAAGUGUUAAGAGUAGGAAAAGAAAGAGAAAAAAAGAAAAAAGAAAAUGUCCGUGACCACAAAUUAAUUUGGGAUCCGAAUUUCAAUGCAAGAAAUUCGUGAAAUGAAUAAAGACAUUACACAUUUCAAAUUUCUCAAAAUAAAAUAAAAAAUAAUCACAGGAGCUACGAAUUUGUUGGGAGUUUGUAUGAACGAACGAUUGAACGCCAAAUUCUCGCCCCCCCAAGAUGUCUACUUGAAACUGAACCAACUGGAGGAGAGGGUCCUCAGGUGAAGAUCUGAGGCUUUUUUUGAGUUUUCCUUUUCGAGAAAUAGUUUAAAAGAUGAGCGCUUCUAGGUUUAUCAAAUGUGUUACUGUUGGUGAUGGAGCUGUCGGCAAAACUUGUUUGCUUAUUUCAUACACCAGCAAUACUUUCCCCACGGAUUAUGUGCCGACAGUUUUUGACAAUUUCAGUGCGAAUGUGGUUGUUAAUGGGAGCAUUGUUAAUCUGGGUUUGUGGGAUACUGCUGGACAAGAGGAUUAUAACAGAUUAAGACCAUUGAGUUACCGUGGUGCCGAUGUUUUCAUAUUGGCUUUCUCUCUCAUAAGCAAGGCUAGUUAUGAAAAUGUCUCCAAAAAGUGGAUUCCAGAGUUGAAGCAUUAUGCACCUGGUGUCCCCAUAAUUCUGGUUGGGACAAAGCUUGACCUUCGAGAUGAUAAGCAGUUCUGCAUAGACCAUCCUGGUGCCGUUCCCAUUACCACAGCUCAGGGAGAAGAGCUGAGGAAGCUGAUUAAUGCACCAGCUUACAUUGAAUGCAGUUCAAAAACACAGGAGAACGUGAAGGCAGUGUUUGACGCAGCCAUAAGAGUUGUUCUUCAACCACCAAAACAGAAGAAAAAGAAGGGUAAAGCACAAAAGGCCUGUUCAAUAUUGUAAUUCACUAGGUUUAAACAUUUGAUUGCCCUUUGUUCUACCUGUAUUCCCCUCCCCUUCUUUCUUUUCAUAAUUUCUUUGCUAGUAAAGAAGUUGGAGAGUCUGUGUGGGUGUUCUUUCAGACAAAUACUCUAGAUCUCCUUGAAGCAUAAGGUGGUUUUAAUGCUUUGCUUUCUUUGAAUUAUUAUUGUCAACUCUAAUAGUCAAAUUCGCAUUUCAUGCUUCC